GCUGGAGAGGCUCGUCUCCAGCGUCGUCCGUCUCUGGGCGAGCGUGCGCCCGGCCCGAGGGCGAGGUCCCUGCGCGGUGCGAGCGGAGGCCGCUCUGGUCAUUGCGCCCGGUCAGCGCGGCCCUCGGGUUGGUUUACCGCCGCCUCCGUCCCUGCCCCUCGCGGGCUGGGGUUGUGCGGACGGGGGGACAGAGUGAGUGUGACUGCUGGUCCUCCAUCCCGCAAACGUUGAUGCAGCCUCCUGUGUGCAGAGCGCUGUGCGCUGGGGCCCCGCGGUGACCGCGACCUGCGCAGCCCUCCUCCGUGGAGCCCCCGGCCAGGGAUGACGGAAUAGCCUCAGCAAUCUCAGACUGUAACGCGUGUUAGAAAGGAAAGGAGAGGCUGGUGUGGUGGAGACUAGAAAGGGGCGCGUACGGGGUCAGAGACGCCCUGUCCGAGGUCCUGGGGUGGUGGAGCAAGCCUCGCGGAGAUCACUUCCCAGACAGGAACGGCAGCCGUACAGGUAAAAUAUGGCUAAAAGCUUACGGAGUAAGUGGAAAAGGAAGAUGCGUGCUGAAAAGAGAAAAAAGAAUGCCCCGAAGGAGCUCAGCCGACUUAAAAGUAUUCUUAAAGUCAACAGUGAUGUUUUAAUGAAAGACGUUCAAGAGGUGGCGACUGUCGUGGCACCCAGGCAGCGUCAAGAGAAAACCCAGUGUGUGGUGAACGACGAAAACGAUGACAUGAAAAUGGAGACUGAUACUAAGAGAAACAAAAAGACUCUUCUAGACCAGCAUGGACAGUACCCCAUAUGGAUGAACCAGCGGCAGAGGAAACGGCUGAAGGCAAAGCGAGAGAAAGGGAGGGGGAAAAGCAAAGCGAAGGCUGCGAAGGGGCUGGCCUGGUAGACUCUUAAGAACUUGGAAAAUGCCCCAUGGGGGCAGAUUUUUU